AUGCCGACCCCGAGUGACAGCACACCUCGCUUGAUUGCCGCAUCGAUCACCCAAGAUAUCACCCGUGCGACCUGUCCGCCCGAGCCAGAACGAUUGCCAGCUUGGAGAGAGCCGCUGGAGUCGUCCUCUCUGACCGAGAGUGACACUACUCUUGACCAUGCUCUUUCACCGGGUGUGGCAUCGCCACAGCCCGAACUGAUGCCGUCGGAGGAUGCGACCGUUCGUGCGGACUCGGAAACGUUGAGAUCUGAGCCGGAAUCUAGUGCUUCUCCGAGUAGUAUGUCCAGAUCCGACGAGGAACCUCCGGUGAGAAGAAUGAGCCCAGCCAGACCAUUGUCGCGCUCUUCUACCUCGACAGUGACCUCAUCGCCUAUAACCGGCUCACUUUUGAACUAUGAGUUCUCGAAUAUUCGUCUUCUUCCCAAUUAUACUUCGUCAUUCCUGCGACCGGGAAGUAAGUUUACUGGCACUCAACAGUCGGAUCGCCAGGUAUAUAAUGUCGACGUGGAAAUCAAGCAUGUGGACAUGGCUGAAUCCUACCUUUGCGGAUACCUUCGCAUCCAAGGCCUCACUGAGGACCAUCCUACUCUGACAACUUUCUUUGAAGGCGAGAUCAUUGGCACGAAGCACACCUUCAAGACUAAGAAUGAAUCAUGGGGUGCGUCAGAGAAGACCGACAUGCAUCACUGGGCCAGAUUUCCUGCUUGGCGACCUCUCGCCAAACAAGCAAAACGACCUGAUUUUACGUAUUGGGAUUUCGCUGAACGCGACCACAUAUUCAUGCGCUGGAAGGAGCAUUUUCUUGUUCCAGACCACCGCGUACGGACUAUUUCCGGUGCGAGCUUUGAGGGCUUCUACUAUAUCUGCUUCAACCAAGUUGAGGGUACUGUGUCCGGCAUCUAUUUCCAUGCUAAAAGCGAGAAAUACCAGCAGUUAGACCUUAGACAUGUUGAGAAUCAUGGCUGUACACCUGCCAUGGAGUUCCGUUGA